AUGCUCAACCACAUCCUAAACCACAUCCCCACAACCGCAUCCUCAACUACCACAUCCUCAACCACAACCACAUCCACAACCACAUCCACAACCACAUCCUCAACCACAACCUCAACCACAACUACGUCCACAACCUCAACCACAACUACGUCCACAACCUCAACCACAUCCACAACCACAUCCACAACCACAUCCACAACCACAUCCUCAACCACAUCCUCAACCACAUCCUCAUCCACAACCACAACCACAACUACGUCCACAACCACAUCCUCAACCACAACCACAACCACAACCACAUCCUCAAACACAACCACAACCACAUCCACAACCACAACCACAUCCUCAAACACAACCACAACCACAUCCACAUCCACAUCCACAACCACAUCCUCAAACACAACCACAACCACAUCCACAUCCUCAACCACAUCCUCAACCACAUCCACAACCACAUCCUCAACCACAUCUCCAACCACAUCCACAACCACAUCCACAACCACAUCCUCAACCACAACCACAACCACACCCACAACCACAUCCACAACCACAUCCUCAACCACAUCCUCAACCACAUCCUCAACCACAACCACAACCACAUCCUCAACCACAUCCACAACCACAUCCACAACCACAUCCUCAACCACAACCACAUCCACAACCACAUCCACAACCACAUCAUCAACCACAUCCACAACCACAUCCUCAACCACAUCUACAACCACAACCACAUCCUCAACCACAUCCACAACCACAUCCACAAACACAUCCUCAACCACAUCCUCAACCACAUCCUCAACCACAUCCACAACCACAUCCACAACCACAUCCUCAACCACAUCCACAACCACAUCCUCAACCACAUCCACAACCACAUCCACAACCACAUCCACAACCACAUCCUCAACCACAACCACAACCACAUCCACAACCACAUCCACAACCACAUCCUCAACCACAUCCUCAACCACAACCACAACCACAUCCACAACCACAUCCACAACCACAUCCUCAACCACAACCACAUCCUCAACCACAACCACAACCACAUCCACAACCACAACCACAUCCACAACCACAUCCUCAAACACAACCACAACCACAUCCACAACCACAACCACAUCCUCAAACACAACCACAACCACAUCCUCAAACACAACCACAACCACAACCACAUCCACAUCCACAACCACAUCCUCAAACACAACCACAACCACAUCCACAACCACAACCACAUCCUCAACCACAACCACAACCACAACCACAUCCACAUCCACAACCACUUCCUCAACCACAUCCUCAACCACAUCUACAACCACAUCCACAACCACAUCCACAUCCACAUCCUCAACCACAUCCUCAACCACAUCCUCAACCACAUCCUCAACCACAUCUCCAACCACAUCCACAACCACAUCCACAACCACAUCCACAACCACAUCCUCAACCACAACCACAACCACAUCCACAACCACAUCCACAACCACAUCCUCAACCACAUCCUCAACCACAUCCUCAACCACAACCACAUCCUCAACCACAUCCACAACCACAUCCACAACCACAUCCUCAACCACAUCCUCAACCACAUCCUCAACCACAUCCACAACCACAUCCACAACCACAUCCUCAACCACAUCCACAACCACAUCCUCAACCACAUCCUCAACCACAUCUACAACCACAACCACAUCCUCAACCACAUCCACAACCACAUCCACAAACACAUCCACAACCACAUCCUCAACCACAUCCUCAACCACAUCCUCAACCACAUCCACAACCACAUCCACAACCACAUCCUCAACCACAUCCUCAACCACAACCACAACCACAUCCACAACCACAUCCACAACCACAUCCUCAACCACAACCACAUCCUCAACCACAACCACAACCACAUCCACAACCACAACCACAUCCACAACCACAUCCUCAAACACAACCACAACCACAACCACAUCCUCAACCACAUCCACAAACACAUCCACAACCACAUCCUCAACCACAUCCUCAACCACAUCCUCAACCACAUCCACAACCACAUCCACAACCACAUCCUCAACCACAUCCUCAACCACAACCACAACCACAUCCACAACCACAUCCACAACCACAUCCUCAACCACAACCACAUCCUCAAACACAACCAAAACCACAUCCACAUCCUCAAACACAUCCACAACCACAACCACAUCCUCAAACACAACCACAACCACAACCACAUCCUCAAACACAUUCACAACCACAACCACAUCCUCAAACACAACCACAACCACAUCCACAACCACAACCACAUCCUCAAACACAACCACAACCACAACCACAUCCACAAACACAACCACAACCACAUCCACAACCACAACCACAUCCUCAAACACAUCCACAACCACAUCCACAACCACAUCCUCAAACACAACCACAACCACAUCCACAUCCUCAAACACAUCCACAACCACAUCCACAAACACAUCCUCAAACACAUCCACAUCCACAACCACAACCACAUCCUCAAACACAUUCACAACCACAACCACAUCCUCAAACACAACCACAACCACAUCCACAACCACAACCACAUCCUCAAACACAACCACAACCACAACCACAUCCACAACCACAUCCUCAAACACAACCACAACCACAUCCACAACCACAACCACAUCCUCAAACACAACCACAACCACAUCCACAUCCACAUCCACAACCACAUCCUCAAACACAACCACAACCACAUCCUCAAACACAACCACAACCACAUCCACAUCCUCAACCACAUCCUCAACUACAACCACAACCACAUCCACAACCACAACCACAUCCACAUCCACAACCACAUCCUCAAACACAACCACAUCCACAUCCUCAACCACAUCCUCAACUACGUCCACAUCCACAACCACAACCACAUCCACAACCACAACCACAUCCACAUCCACAACCACAUCCUCAAACACA